CUUUCCACCGAGCAACCACUCGAGCAACAUGUCCUCAGACGUGCAGCUGCGUGACCAAGCGGACCAACUGACCACCGGCAGCCACGAGAUCAAGGACUCAGACAGAGAGCGGAGCACGAGAGCCUGAAAGCACACAUAUUCUGUUGACGUCCUGCUUCCCUGCCCAGGAGAAUUCUCAUAAUACUGGGCAGAGUCCACACAGCACAGCACAGCUCUAAAAGAGGCCAGAGCAUAUCAGCAGAAAACUGGAUUUCUAGGUGUAAAGGCUUGUGAGCACUGCUCCUUGUGGACCAGAGAGCAAUACCUGAGGCAAGGACAGAUGGAUGGAAUAAACUUGACGUUCUGGAAUGCGUCUGAGGGCAAUGAGACAGAGACUGGGGUGGAGACAAGCCCAUAUAAGACAGUGGAGGUGGUAUUCAUUGUGCUGGUAGCAGGCUCACUUAGCCUGGUCACUGUGAUUGGAAACAUCCUGGUCAUGCUCUCCAUUAAGGUCAACAGAAGCCUACAGACUGUAAACAAUUACUUCCUGUUCAGCCUAGCAUGUGCUGAUUUCAUCAUAGGCCUCUGUUCAAUGAAUCUCUACACUGUUUAUAUUGUGAUUGGCUACUGGCCACUGGGACCGGUGGUGUGUGACCUGUGGUUGGCUCUGGAUUACGUGGUCAGCAAUGCCUCAGUCAUGAACUUGCUGAUUAUCAGUUUUGACCGUUACUUCUGCGUCACUAAGCCACUGAGCUAUCCUGUCAAGCGAACCACUAAGAUGGCGGGGAUGAUGAUUGCUGCUGCCUGGGUACUCUCCUUCAUCCUGUGGGCUCCUGCCAUCCUUUUUUGGCAGUUCAUCGUGGGUGGACGUACUGUGCCAGAAAAAGAGUGUUAUAUUCAGUUUUUCUCCAAUGCAGCUGUCACCUUCGGCACGGCCAUUGCUGCCUUCUACUUGCCUGUUAUUACCAUGAUGGUGUUGUAUUGGCAGAUUUCCAGGGCCAGCAAGAGUCGUGUCAAGAAGGACAACCGCAAACCAUCAGCUGCCAACCCUGGAACCACAUCGCCCAGCCAGACCCGCAACAAAGCAUCCAACAAGCCUGACAACAACAACGUGAUGGUGGAAGACCCCAACAUGGGUCAGACUCAAACAACCGAUGAUGCGACCAACCAGCAUGACAAUAAGCUGCAGAAUGGCAAAGGGCCAUCCACAGCCAGUGUGGGGAGAGCGGGGGAGUUGGACGACAGAGCCAGGGACAACUGUGUCCCUGUCGAGGAGAAAGAGAGUUCCAAUGACUCCACUUCUGGCAGUGGUGCAGCAGCCAAUCAGAAGGAGGAGGUGGUGCCAUCCAGAGCCAAUGACAGUCAGGUGCCAGGACGACAUCGCUCCAAGGCCGGUGGUUCCAAACUGACAUGCAUCAAAAUUGUUACCAAGUCACCAAAGGGAGACUGCUAUGCACCCUCCAAUACAACAGUGGAGAUUGUGCCCAAAGCAGAGAAGCAGAAUCAUGUGGCAAGGAAGAUAGUAAAGAUGACAAAGCAGCCACCCAAAAAAAAGAAAGCAGCUCCAUCAAGGGAGAAGAAGGUGACCCGCACUAUCAUGGCGAUCCUGGUGGCAUUUGUGGCUACAUGGACACCCUAUAAUGUGAUGGUUCUCAUCAAUACAUUUUGCUCCAGCUGCAUCCCUAACACAGUGUGGACCAUCGGGUACUGGCUCUGCUACAUCAAUAGCACUAUCAACCCUGCAUGCUAUGCUCUCUGCAAUGCUACAUUCAAAAAGACAUUCAAACAGCUUCUGCUCUGUCAAUAUAAAAAUAUUCGCUCAACCAGAUGAGCUUGGAUGUUCAAGACAUAUCUGUCUGCAUGCAUUUGUCUGUGUGUGUGUGUGUGUGUGUGUGUGUGUGUGUGUGUGUGUGUGUGUUUGUGCGUGCGUGCGUGUGUGCAUGCACGCGUGUGCAUGUGGAAAGUAUCUGUGAAAUGAAACUAAUAAUAGAGUGUGUAGCAGCUGGGUGGGUCUAUGUUUUAUGUUCCUGUAUUGUGUAUAUCUGUUACCAAUAACCUGAAGUAGCACUUUACACACAACCAAUUGCAACUCAGAGAGGUGAACAUUGCUACAGACAAGGAGGGGUUUUACUGAAAGAAGGUCUUGAUAAAUUAAUAAAUUAAUUAAUGUUUAAAAAACAGCAAUUGGUGAUAUAUGUAGAUAAAAUAGCAACAAAAACAAAGUUGGAAGAAAUCCCAUGCUUAACCUAAUAUUAUCCACAUACAGUGACUGAAUACAGAUUUAAUUUAAGAGCACAGUGUAAGAUCAUAAUCUGCAUAAUCAGUGUACUAAAUUAUACACUGAUUAAAGGGACAAUAGGGCUGACUGAACCUUCAAACCUAGCGUUUGGACUUCAGUAUAAUAUGAUAUUUGUACAUACUUGUAUAUAAACAUGUAUAGCACUUGUUGUUUGGCACUGUGAGGAGUGCGGGCAGAAUAUGUGUGCAUGUUUGGUAGACUGAGAGCAUAUUGGUGUGUGGUCAGAGUGUGUGCAUGUAUGCAGGGUGUGUAUGAGUGGGUGGGUGUGUGCGCGCACAUUACAAUAAGAGUGAAUAUGUCACUUGAUGUUAAUCUACAGCAUGCAUUGAAUAUAGGUAUUCAGUAAUAAUGAUUGCAGUCGGGUGUAUCACUGGCCCCUUUGUGUGUGUGUGUGUGUGUGUGUGUGUGUGUGUGUGUGUGUGUGUGAAUGUAUGUGUGUGUGCUACUGUGGCUCAGACCACAGAGGGGUAUUGGAGAGCCACUCUGCCAUAUCCACAUGUAUGAGUGGAGCAGCUUUGAGUGCACAGAUCUCCAGAGAUGCAAAUUAAAAGCUUUUAAAAUGAUGAUGGAGGAGAAGGGUGAAGUGACUCUUUUUUGUAGAGCCAUUAUUAUGGGUUUGAGAUUUUACCCUUUUUUCAUAAAACACUGCACACAAUUUCACGAUGCAAUGUCAAACGGUGCCGCAAAAACAAACUGGCUAGAAACAAUGAGGGGUCCAUCAGACAUGGUAAUUCAUGUUCAGUUCAUAUUAGGGAUAAAGUCAGCGUAAACCCUGACCCAUGCCUUCAGGAGCCUUCUUGACACGAAUGGCAUGUUAUAAAGCUGCUUAACAGCUUUCUCAUGAAAUAUGCAGAGAUGUAAAUGAGUGUUUCUGCUUUCACAUCUGCCUGUCUGCAGCAGGGUGUUCAUUCAUGCCGCCUGCGGGUGUCAGGCGCACUGCCAGGCACGCAACACUGUUCGUGAGGAAUCCUGUGCUUUUCUUUGAAUGUAACAGCAUGUGAGAAUAAGCUCCGAGUAUGGGAGCAGACUAAACUUUGGGCAGUCUAUGAAUGAAUGAUUGUCUGUCUGUAUGCAGAUGUGGAUGUAAAAGUAGUGCUAAUGUAGGUUUUAGACUUAAAGCCUGAGCCUUCCUUUACAUGACUCAUUAUAUGUUGCUCUGAGGCAUUUGAAUAAUAGAUUAAUAUCUUAUUCUUGCAGGCUAUUGAACCAGGCAAGUGUGCAUGCGUGUGUGUGUGUCUUUGUGUGUGUGUGUGUGUGUGUGUGUGUGUGUGUGUGUGUAUGUGUGGGUGUGUGUGUGUGGGUGGGUGAUCACCCCAGAAUUGGGGUUAUUCUAAAUCAAAGGCCUUGGCCUUGUGAAAUAAAAGGGCUAGAUAUUUUAUACAUUUCACCGUUUCACAGCUCAUACUUUUGUGGUUCACACUGUAGUCUCUGAAAUAACAUGCGCAUAGUUUCAUGCAGAAAAAUGUCGCACGUGAAAGAUAAGUCACAGUAGUAAUAUGAAUACCUGAUACAUUUCCUUAUCCUUUCAAGUAUGUGUGGUCAAACAUUUGCCUAAUGUUCACUUGUAAUUCUCUCUGUUGCUGUGUAGCCCUGUGAGUAUAAUUGUUCGGCACAGUGGGCAGCCUUCACUGUGUGGUGAGUGUGGGUCUUUUAGCAACACUGAUGCUGACUAGACUGAAAGAUUUAGGUGAGUGAAGAUGGGGAGAUUGUAGAGGUUUUGCUGCAGUUGCAUUAGGCAGAGAGAAGAAUUUGUCUUAGUAGUGUUGAGUAGAGUGAUGGGUUUGGUCUGAGUGGUGCUGAAUAAAGUGUGUGGUUUGGACUGAGUGUUGUUUGGAAGCUGGAGGUAUUGAGUGGGUUGGAGCAAAAACAGAAUUAUAUGGUAAAUGAACCAGAUUAUCUGAUGAUACUGAGCAGCUGAGUGAUUGAAGAUUACACAUUACACAACUGACAGGCUCAGUGUCAGUCUGUCCACUUACUGUCCCCUACCCUCAGCCAUAUAAAGCUAGACCUUGUUUAAGCAAGAAUUAACACUUCUACCAUUUCUGUUUGCACCAUUUCUCUUCCCAUUUUCCCUUGUUUUAUUUUACCUUCCUUCUCUGUCUGUUCACAGGAAUGCUCUUUCUAUCUUUUACUGAUAACAUUAACUUUCUCUCAGUUUCAUUAGCAAUUUGUCACCUUCCUGCAAAUUGCUGUUUUCCCCAUCUCUCCUUUCAUGCUCAUAUGGUGAUUUUACUUUCUGUAGGUACACAAAGGCAAAACUGAGUGUAAAUGUCUCUUUGUGCCCGUGAGCUCUGAUACGUCCUGUUCCUUGCUUUAAUCGUUAACACUAACAAAGUUCUUGACAGGCACCAUAGUGCUACCCCAUCCCACCCUUCUGGCCUCGCUGCUCUGACAGAGUGACAGAAUAGGUUUGAGGGGUUGCCUUGAUAGGCUGGUAGUAGCAUGUGUGUGCUUGUAUGUGUGUCCCAGCAGUGUGCCAGGUCCACAGCACUCCCAAGCAUCAGGCUGAUAAGUGGAUAUGUGUCUGCAUGUCACCUGUCUCCCACCCCCCCCAUCCUCCGCCUCCUCUUCCUCCUGUACUCCUCCUGACAGCCCCCACUUCUGAGCGAGGCACUCAUCUCCAGGCUGGAAGGGAGGGAGAGCAGCAAGAGCCGACGUGGUAGCUGCUGUUGCUCACUGGACCACUCUGACAGCUGCUAAUCUCCACUGUGGAGAUAGUGGGAGCGUUACAGCGAGAAUGCCACAUGACUCAGAUUUCCAUGUGGAACACUCCGUGCCCCGCUCUCCAAACCUCUCAGCUGCUCACUCGCCAUGGCCUGCCUUGCCCUCAAUGUGUCAACACAGCCUUAAAUGGUGCAGCACUCAUCUGUCACCUUCGCCAUGACCUUUCUGGAUGAGAUAAAUUAGAGAGCAGCGCGCGAUAUUGCAGAGGGGUGUACGAUAGCAGAGAGCAGCUUCUGAUGGUGCAUGAGUGAUAAUAUGUGGUGGGCCAGGUGGGCGGAGCUAGAGGACUGUUGGCAGUGAUCUGAGAGAAGUGUGCCAGCUCUUGCUCCAUCCUGUGUGCACUGUAUUCACCUGAUAAGCCUCCACUGUGUUCUCCGAGAGGGAGAGCAAGGAGAAGCAAGGGUCUGUCAUUCAGCCUCUCAGGGUGACACAUGUUUAAAAACAUCAGAAAUCUUGGGGGUCUGAGUAGGAGCAGCUUCAUACCUCAGAUACAUUACUGUGUGUGUGUGUGCGUGUGUGUGUGUGUGUUUGUGUGUGUGUGUGUGUGUGUGUGUGUGUGUGUGUGUGUGUGCGUGUAUGUGUGUGUGUGUGUGUGUGUUCAUAUGCUACCAUUGAAGCCGAGAGGAGAUUUCAUCUCUCAUCCUGUCAGCCUGAUUUUCUUAAUUAAAACAUACUGCCUACAAAUCUUACUGCCUACAAUCUUUUAGGAAACUGUAAAUAUCAAAGGGCUAAGAUCUAAUUGAGGAUCUACAAAUGUAUUAAUAUCUAAUUAUUUUGGCUGUAGGUAUAAAUUUUAGAUGGUCAGUAAUUUAUUUGGUAAUUCUAGAUUAUAUUUUACUUUUGUAUCUGUUUUUGUAUACUUUUUAUUAUUAGUUUGUUUGUACACAGGGUACCAAUGGCUGUUUAGGUUGGCUGAGGUUCUAGUGAUUAUGAUAAUUACGCAGUCAGCCUCCUCCUGUCUUAAUACCACACACUUACACACUUACACGUUCAGAGCGGCACAAUAGACAGAGGUCAGAGGAGAAAAACGGCCUUUAUUAAGACUCUUCCCAGAAUGAUCAAAAUAGGCAAAAAGGUCUACAACACAGUUAAACAGGGUUAAGAAAGACACAUCCAUACUCAUAAUGACAGAAACAGGCAGGGAAGGUCAAUACACAGAAAAACUGUAAUUCGGCUUAGCAACACCUAUGAGUAUAUGGCAAGACUUCACAAAGUAUGAAAGCACAGUAUAUAUAUGAAUCUCAAUGAGCUGCUGAGCAAGUGUGGAUGAUAAUGCUCAGGAGAGGAACUAGGGCGGAGCUAGAACUGAUGGUGACCAAUGAGGAGUCGUAGCACCAGGAUGACAUCUCCUAGGGCAAAGUCUCUGACAGACAUCAAGUGCCUUACAGAAUUAUUUGAAAUCAGAAUUGAAUAUCGCAUUAAUUAUUGCCUUUCUUCUUCUUCUAAUUAUUUGUAGACUAUUUUUGCCAUGAUAGUGUUCUUAAGGUAUGUAUGAUGUUUUGGUUGGAUGUGUGAGGUCUGAUAACUGACUGAAAAGCACAGGAUCCUUCUUUUUCUUAACUAAACAUCUCACCUACUCUGGAUGUCAGGUGUGUGACUAGUUAUCAGAGUAAUUUCUUAAACGGUCUCAAUAGGUCUGUCAUCACAAUGCUGUUACAUGAGCAACUAAUUUCUGAGGAGUGAAAUGGGAAGUCUGUGUAUAAAAAUAAGAGUUGUGUGAAUAGGUCAUCUCUGGAGUUCUGAAACUAUUUUAAAUAUAAAACCAUAGAGCUGAGCUGCAAACUCGGGAUCUAAUGAAGUAUGCUUUGUCAGCGUGUAUGAAGUGUGUAUAUGAGUCUACACGUGUUGGUCUUUGUUGCUGCAUGUAUUGGGAAUUUGAGUUUGGGUUAAACUGAGAUAAUAAAUGUGUAUGAAAAUAUUGAAACUUUAUAAAAUAACCUUGGCAUGUGACAAGUGCGUGGUACACAAUGUGAAAAGCUCUGAUACUGAGCAGCACACUAAGGACUUAUUUCACGCACACACACAUUCACACAUAUACACACUCAGACAUGUACCACACACCAUACAUACACCGGCAAUUUCAGAGAGAAAAAUGACUGCCAAAGACAUACUAACUGCCAGGGAGGAGCUAAGUUGUCAACAAAUAAAAUGGAUGAGUAUCCACAAAAACACAAAGUCUCGAGCAUAAUGCAUUGUAUGUAUUUAAAAACAGCUAACUUUUUGUAUUAGGUUUUAUAAAUACCCACUUAUGCUGUAUAUAUAUAUAUUGUAUAUAAAGUGUGAGUUUAUGGUUAAGCCGAGGAGGUGACUCUGGCGUAUUGAUUCUGGAGUUGGAGCAUCUGUCAGUGGAAAAAAGGGAUAAUUGGACAUUAAAUCAAGAGGCCGAACACUAAACCACCGACAACGUGAGCUUUCAAUUGCCUACAAAGAGAGAGGAGGGAGCAAGAAAUAUAUAGAGAGAGAAAUGCGGAAAGAAAUGAACAAAAAACAAACACUUUAGUUGGCCCUUAGAUUUUUUGUGAAUCUAUGGGCACUGUAUCACCUGUCUCCUGGGAGACUGCAGUCACUCAGUUAAAAAAUGUGCUGGACUAAUCUAGUUAGACACUAGCAAGGUGUUUCUCUGGAGCUUUACUACAAAGUAUGAACAGCUUAACCUGUAAAAGAGACAAAGAAAUAAACCGAAAAUAAUCUGUUUACUGUACACCUUAUAACUGAGUGGCUUAGAUGGAUGAGCUCUGUCUGGGGAGGUCUAAUCAGAAAGACGAGGACACAGUUCUUCUGUCCAAUGUACAUAUUAAACUCUUUAUCUUUUGUUGCUGAGGUAUGUAGAUCCUCAUUGUGCUUUCCCUUCACUGUGGGUUGUGACUUUCAUCUAGUAGAAAUGUCAUUUGGUAACAGCUCCAAGUGUCUAUUGUAUAUAACAUGAACAUUCUGUGUGAUUUGCCCCAGUUGAUGUGUAAAUACAUGUUUAUUAUUCACCUGAAUGUCGUUGUCCCACUCUUCGCUUCCUCUCUUGCCCACUACACUUUCUCUGCACUCAGUAUGUGACCUCCUGUUUGUACAUUUCUAAUAGUAUCAGGUUCUUUAAGAAAAUGACUGGAGGAGAGAUCUGGAUGUUCACAAAUCACUAAUGAAAUUGUAUUAUGAAAUACAUUCACAACAUAUAUUGUGCCAUAUUCUUUUGAAAAAGAAUUCUACCAAAUAAAGAUACAAGAUACAAGUCCAAAUAUUUGUGUUUUUGUUUUUAUGUAUAUAUGAUGACAUUGUUUGGUUUUAUAUAGUAUAGUGGAUUUAUAUGGUAUUAGGCAAACUGAAAAUUCUGCAAUGUGUUCAUAAUCAGAGCAAAAAUUGCUGAAUAAGUUGUGGAUUGCAAAACAUUUAUUUACUUUGGAGCUGAGUAACAGGUAAUAUCACUAAACUCCACAAUGUUUCCAUAUUUGAUCCAUAUUUUUUUCCAUUGUGGCUGUUACCAGAAUACCUACUACUGAGCUCAUGGAUUUACAUCUAAAUACAAACCAUUGCCUUUUUAGGGACUGCU